CUCUGUCUCGGUUUCUCUCUAGGAUUGAAGAAGAAUCAUGAAUAGAGAACCAGCAAACAAAUCAAUGGGGUUCUUUGCAAUCUUUAUGGAAGCCUACAAACUUACAGCAUUGAACAAAAAAUUCUUUUCACAAAUCACCUUAACUAUACUCUUCCCUUUAGCUGUCUUGCUCUUGUCUGAUAUACAAAUCUCCAAAUUCAUCCACACCAAGGCUUACCCAGAAAAUGAAACUACUAGAUGGAUCGCUUAUGGUAUAACACAAUUCGUCUUUAAUCUCGAUGCUCUAUUUCACUCUCCUGUCAACUACUAGUGUCAUGUAUACCGUUGCUUGUUUCUAUACUUCCAAAGAUAUCACUUAUGAGAAAGUCACUGGUGUACUAGUUGUUACAGUAUUAGAGAAGGAUUACGGUGUAAAAGCUUUGGCAAAGGGUUGGAGAAUCAUUUACGGUAAGAUAUGGGUUUCUUGUGCUGCCGUUGGUUUGCUUGAAUCUGCAUUUACUGGUAUAAUUUUCAUUUUUUGUUACCUGGUGGUUUAUGGAAACAAAAUGAAUCUGGUGGGUAAAGUAUUUGUGGGAAUUGGUUGUUAUUUGUUGACUACUAUUUGGAUUCAUUUCUCGCUUGCUGUUUACACCGUGGUUUACUUCGUCUGCAAAUCAUACCACAACGAAGACAUAUCGACUGUUGCAGCUCACACAGCGGUCGUCCCUACUAUAGAUUUGGGUAGUGAAAAAGAAGUUCAAUUAGAACGAGUACCGGUUUGAAGAAUCAGAUAAUUAAUUUGCUUGAUUACUGUCAACAUAAAUUGUUAGUACUAAUCAGCUAUAGCUUGUUGGUUGCUGCUCCUCCUGCAUCUGUUUGAGAAGGCGAAUUGGAGAAUAGAUAAGUAUUUUCGUCUAUUUAGUAGAACUAGAGAGUGUGAGAGUCCUUGUCUGGUGUCUUUGGAUUCUGCUCUUUCUUUUUGUGCUAGUACCAAGACUAGUUUCUUCUAUAUAAUUUAGAUUUUUCCU